AUGGACAGACACCCGCCCUCACUCGAAUCGCUCAAGAGGGGGGUAACUGAUCUCGCAACAACAUAUCAUGCCCGGGAAUGGACAAGCGAAGCAAAAGGCUUGGAAAAAGCCCUCACAACCGCCGAAGAACGAACCAUCACGGACGCAAGUCUCGACGCAACGAUAACAACGCUAGAAGAGCUGGGCGCACUGGUAAAAACAUGUCUUUACCGCAAGCUAUGGAUAAUCGCGGAAGACCUGGGUAUCCUUGUGCUGGAAACCAGUGAAGCUCUGCAAGGAGAACGAAAUCCGAUCACAAUGUCCGCGAUGAAUAGCCUCGCUUCGGCGUACUGGGGCCGUGGACAACUGGAUCAGGCGGCUCCUCUUGCGUUGCGGGUGACGAAUCUCCGCAGAAGAUUGCUUGGCGAGUCUCAUCCGCAGACGCUGGCGUCCAUGACGAAUCUGGCUUCCAUUUACCGGGGCCAGGGACAUUGGCCUGAAGCUUUGAAGCUUGACUUGAAGACGUUUGAGAUGAAGAAAAAGACACUGGGUGCCACACAUUCAUCCACGCUGGCCUCGAUGGCAAAUUUGGCGGUCUCCUAUACAAACCUCGGGCAGUAUGACGAGGCGGAAACGAUUGCACGUGAGUUGGUUAAUCUGGGAGAGAGUUUGUUAUCUGAGAAUGAUGUCUCACGAUCCUCACUGUCCUCACUAUUAAACUGGAAGCUGAGUCUAGCGUCGACGUACCGAGAUCAGGGGAGGCUGGGCCCCGCUGAGGAACUCGAACGCGAAGUCGUCGCUACCAGUCGUGCUUCGCUAGGAACAAACAAUCCCUUCACCCUCACUUCCAUGGCCAACCUCGCAUCCACUUACCGGGAACAAGGUCGCUUGCCAGAUGCUGAGCGUCUUGAGAAGGAGGUUGUGUCGACUAGUGAGACGGUGCUUGGCGAGACACAUCCACAGACUCUUAUGUCCAUCAGUAACCUGGGGUCUACCUAUCGAAAUCAAGGUCGCUUAGAAGAGGCCAAGAACCUCGGUGAAAAGGCGACGAUGGUGAUGAAGGAUGUUCUUGGUGAACGUCAUCCAUUCACGUUAGUCGCCAUGGCCGACCUCGCCAUGACAUAUCAAGUGAAGCAACAAUCACCCGAUGCUGAGAUCCUCGCAGCCCGAUCACUUCGCUUGAUGGAGGAGACGAUCGGCAAAGACCAUCCAUAUACUCUCAGUGCCAUGGCUAACCUCGGCUCAAUAUACCAGUCACAGAGCAAGUGGGAUGUCGCGGGUGGAAUGGCAGAGACGGUGUAUGUGGGCCGAGAAAAGAUGUUUGGAAAAGACCAUCCAGACACUCUUGCCGCACUGGAAGACUUGAGAAGAGUAGCGUGGGUAGAAGCGGCAGAUCAGAAUGCACAGCCAACGUUGAAUUAG